AUGGCUUCGCCUGGUGGAAGCCCAACUUCGGCACCAGGUGCACAGGGCUCUGCUGAAAUGAUUUUCGGCCAAAUCCUCCAGCAGGUGCAGACAGGGAUGGCUCAGAUGAGCCAGGAGUCGAACAGGAGGUUCGAGUUGCUGGAGGCCGCUUUGAAGGAGCAGGUUAACACCCAAAGGGCAACUGCUGAGGCCCAGGUAAGGGCAUUCGAUGCCAUGGCAAAGAAGUCCUCCGUGGUGGAUAUAAAGGGCGUUGGAAAGCCCGACAUCCUGAAGGGCUCGCACGAAGAUGCGAGAAAGGUUUGGAAAGCUUGGAGUUACAAGUUCGAGAGCUGGUUCAGCUCCCAGUUUCCGACCAAAGGUCAGGAGUGCCUGGACUGGGCACGCAACAAGGGCGACGAGACGAUCCAGGAGUCCACCCUCACCGAGUACGUGAACAAGGUGCCGGAGGCCGUGGAUGUGGAUCGCCAGUUGCAUGUGGCCUUGAUUUCGCUGACGAGCGAGAUGCCCUACACGCCCCGCUUCACUUUGGAGCAGUUGCGGGCCUCCAUCGACAAGUGGGAGGCCGACCUCGCCGAGUACGUUCAGAGAGGCAACAAGGACCUCGAGGAUGCUCAGAAGGUGACUAUCCUCCUGAGCAUGGUGCCCGAGACCUUGGAGGACCACCUCGAGAUGAACAUUGCUCGGCUGGACACGUAUGCGAAGGCCCGCGCCGAAGUGAUCUCGUAUACCGAGCAGAAGGCUGCAAAGGUGGACGACGGCGGCGCUACGCCGAUGGAACUCGAUGCCUUCAAGGGCAAGGGCAAGGGCGGCAAGGGCGGUGGUGCCAAAGGUCAAGGGAACCCGGACAAGGACAUCGUGUGCCGCCUGUGCCAGAGAAAGGGCCACCGCAAAAGCAACUGUUGGUACGCCAAGGAGAACGGUGGAACUGGGAAGCCGCCAGCGCCGAAAGACCCCAAAGGCGGCAAGCCGUCCAAGGGAAAAGGAGGAAAGGGAAAGGGCAACAAGCCUGGUAAGGGCAAAGCCCAUUCCCUCGAGGGCGAAGGCGCGGACGGCCAAGAAUGGCCGGAGGAAGAAGGGGGCGAGGAGCCCACUGGAGACGGCGAUCUGGGCUACCUGUGCGUGCUGGGGCCGAGUGCUGAUUCAGCACCGGACCCACCUGCACCGACGCGGGGGCAGAUCUGCCGAGCGGCCUUCGGACCUUCGUCCUGGGCGUGGUCGCAGCCCUGGUCGGAGACGCUUGCGCAGUGUGCUGUGGGAAAGGACAAGGAUGGUAAAACCACCUACUGGUGUCCUUGCCCCGGCUGCAAGGGCCAAAAGAAAAGGUACAACGAGGAUGGCCUCAACGCCCACCUGUGGUCGAAGUUGGGCACUCCGGGCCACCCUGACAAGGACCAGUGGACCGCUUGGGACCGGGAGGCCCGACAGAGGUACUACGUCCGAGCUCCCCUUCGUGAAGUAAGGGGCCCCGAUGCACACUGUGGCCCCGACCCGACGUGGAUUUACCUUCCCGAGGAGCCCGACUACUCCAAACACGUGCCCGAGAGCUUGUACUCGGAAGGUGAAGAAAGCGAGAGCGAGAGUGCCGAGGACGAGGUCGUCGAGGAGACGACCCAGGAGACUUCGGAAGAGGCCUGGGGUGACUGGGGCAGGAAAGAAAAGAAGGACCGGUUCAAGGGCACCCCUGCUAGGGUAGAGCCCGAAGGUGACCUGCCUGGGCAUCGGUACGGCAGUGGUUCGGGCACCUCGGGUUCCGUGAGCCGAUCCCAGUCACCGGCGGCAGAGGGCGAAACAAGCCGAAGAAGACGAAGAAGUCUCAAGGCACUUCGCCCAUCUGAGGAGGAGGAGCCGCCAUUGCCGAAGAAGACAAAGAAGUCUCGAGGCACUUCGCCACCUGAGGAGGAGGAUCGCCCACUGCCUAAGCAAGCUAGAAGCCUCUACGUCCCGCCGCACCGGAGGGAGCUUAGGGCCAAGUCAAAGGCAGCACCGGAGGCCAGUGCCAGUACAGUGGACACGCGCACGACGAGGCCUGCCGAACCUCAAGGACCUCCACCCAAGAAGGGUCGUGGUCGCUCACCUCUCCCUCGCCGGAGGUCCGCCAGUGUGCCUGAGCCUAAGACUCCCCCACAGGAGCCCCAGGAGGAACCACAGCCUUCUGUGGAGAAGUACGUUCCCCCUCAUAAGAGGGCCAAGAAGGGUGAGAAGGCUAAAGGCUCGGUGCCUGAGUCCCGGACUGCAAACCCAGAGCCGGAAGAGCCUGAGAGGGCCACGGCGUCUGGGAAGUACGUCCCGCCGCAUCGGCGGGAGCAGCAAGGAGGCUCAGCGCCGUCUUCGGCGCGGGCCCCUGCGGCUUAUGGCGUCACCAAGGCUUCUCGCUCGGUGCUGCUAGGCGAGAUGCUCAACGCUAGGGUGGCCCGACGGGAUGCUCUGACCAAGUCCCUCGACGACCUUGCCGAGGACGACCCGUCGCGUGAGGCCAUCCAGACGGAGCUCAAGGAGCUCGAAAUCGAGAGAGACAAAGCGGAGAUGGGAGGUCGCCUUGCCUACCUCAAGGAGAAGUCCCGACGGCGUGCUUCUAAGCACCGCUUGGGCACCCAGGAGAAGCGUACAAGAGAGAGCCUGGGGGCACAGCUUACCUGGGCUCUUCGCUUCAACCAACCUGGGUCCGGGAAGAAGACCCAAGUCUUCCCUUUGGCCGAAGGCGCGCUAAAGGACGAGGUGGCCGCUGCUCCUCUCUCCCGGCACGCUCGAAACGCCUUGCUGCAAGAAGACCCCCACGCCGAGCUGCCUGAGGUCCGGGCGCGGACCAGGAAGGCCGAAAAGGCCGAAAGGGUGAAAGGAAGGGUUGGGCACUUGGCUGCCCUUAGUGGUGGCUCGGCCCCUUCUGCGACGCCGGGAUGGACCCGCGUGGACUUCGUGGUGGACUCUGGGGCCAGCGCCACCACCCUUCCUCGAAAGCUUCUGGGUGACCGCACGAAGCUCAAGAAGCCCGUUGGCUACCGCAGCUUCCGCCUGGCCGACGGCAACGUGGUCGAGAACCGCAGCUUCCGCCUGGCCGACGGCAACGUGGUCGAGAACGAGGGGACCCUGGAGACUAAGGCCUGGCUCAUGGGAGAUGAGACCUUGGAGAUCCGGGCCUCGGUGGCUGCGAUCUCGCAGCCCCUCCUGUCGGUGGGGCAGGUGACCUCCCGGGGCAAUCGUGUCCUUUUGGGUGUCAAGGUGAGCUACCUCGAGACGACCACGGGGAAGAAACACAGGAUCUUCCUCAAGAACGGUGUGUACGUCCUUCCGGUGUGGAUGGACACCGCCAACAGCCUUUUCGCCCACUGGGCCCCUUGGAGGGCGAGGCACCGGGCCCCGUUGCUGGAGGCGACGAAGCCCCCGUGCCAGAAGUUUCAGAAGGAAGAGACGCGGCAAAAGCUUUGCACCCCGGUAAUAUCCAUAGACUAUGGUUUCUUUGGAGCUCCUGGCGAGCUACCUUCGGGUGCUGUCGGUGGGGCAAAGAUGCCUGUCCUUGUGGUUCGUGACCGCCAGAGCAAAGCUUUGUUUUCACACCUUGUGCCCUCUAAGGGCGUCGAACACUUUUACCCGGAGCACGCUUUGGCUCGGGACAUUCGGUUUCUUGGAUAUCCGAGUGUGGUUUUGAAAAUCGACCAGGAGAGCUCCAUUCGGGCGUUGGCAGAGGCAGUAAAGAACUCUUUCGCUGCCCGACCAGGAGUGCGUGUACAACUGGAGCACUCGCCCAAGGGCGAUGAUCAUGGGAAGAGCAAUGGCGAAGCCGAGGCCGCUGUUGAGAUAACCCAAGGGCUCUGCCGCACGUACAAGGAUGCGUGUGAAAAGGGCCUGGGAGAGCGUAUCCAUCCUAAGUCCCCCCUUCUGGGUUGGCUGGUGGAACAUGCCGGGAGCAUGUAUACUCUCUUCUCCCACGACGAGACCAUGAAAGAUGGACUUACCCCCUUCAGGCGUUUAAAAGGACGUGACUGGGCUGUGGCCCUUCCUGCCUGGGGAGAAACUGUGGACUACCGGGUGCGGACAAAGCACAAACUGGAGCCCCGGUGGCAAGUUGGUAUAUACUGUGGUGUUCGGCUUGGCACUACGGAAAAGAUCAUCGCCACGGAAGAUGGCGUGGUCGUGGUUCAGUCUAUCCGCCGGAAGCCGAAAGAGCUGAGGUGGGAUGCUGAGUUGUUUAAAAAGGUGAAGGGGACGCCGUGGGCGCCUCAACCCAAGAAGGCGGCACGUCCAGACGAAGCUUUGGAGCUUCCCGCCGCCGUGGCUAUAGAGCCCGAGUUGCCCGACGAGCCGGCUACUGACGUCGAGGCUGGGCCUAAGCCUGAGCUCUUGAAGAGAGUUUACCUGAGACAGCAAGAUCUCGACCGACAUGGCUACACUGCUUCUUGUCCUGCCUGUGACUUGAUCCGGAUGGGCAUUUCUAGAGAGGGUGUUAACCACACCGAGUUUUGCAGAAGCCGGGUGGUCGGCGAGAUGGCUAAGACUGACGAGGGAAAGAAGCGACUAGCUGCGGCGAAGUUGAAGGAGACCCCGAGAUCUAAACUGAGGAUUGGUGAUCCACCUCCGGAGGCCACCGAAGGGGCUUCUGCUCAGGAGGCGCAGGUCGCCAAGAAGCCUAAGGCCGAAGAGGCCAAACGAGCCCGCUUGGAUGCUGGAGACUCGAGUGCUGGUUCAGCACCGAGACCCGAUCCUGGGGUUCCUGCGGCCAUGGAGGUGACGGCUUCCGAGCCGGCUUCAUCUUCGAAGCGGCCGCAUCCAGGCGGAGGAGAAGAAGGAGACAUGAUACUUGACUUUCUUCUAUCUCUUCGAGCUGGGUUCCUAGCUUCGUUUACUGGGGAUCCCUAUCCUGUAUGUGAAGAAAAGUUCGACACAGAUCUCUACGAAAAGUUUGAGACGUCCUAUUGGGACGAUGUGUCGGGGAAACCUCUUCGACCAGAGCUUGUGCAGGAGGCUCGCAAAGAGGAGGUUUCAACCAUCAAUGAGAUGGGGGUCUGGGAGGUUAUCCCUAGACCUAAGGGAGAGAAGGUCAUCACCACCAGAUGGGUUGACAUCAACAAGAAGGAUGAGGCAAACCCAAAGUACCGCAGCCGGCUUGUGGCCAGAGAGCUUAAGAAGCGUUACCCAGGGGGCAUCUCUCAGGAGGCGCACCAGCCCACAUGGGAAGACUUCUAUGCCUCAAUGCCGCCUAUCAGCGCGCUGCGUGUUUUGUUUGCCCUCGCAACAACAAAGAAGGCACCAGACCUGGAAGGAAAGAUGCGCAAUCUUCCGAAGGACCAAUGCUUGGUCUUUAUGGAUAUUAAGAAAGCGCAUUUUUGGGCUGAUGCUCGCCGACGCUUGCUCAUUGAGCUGCCUGCGGAAACUGGCGUGGACACCUCCAAGUAUGUUGGCCUGCUGCGCAAGUCCCUUUAUGGAACUCGAGAUGCUCCAGCCAAUUGGGAGGCGACGAUCCUGCGGGUAAUGACUCAGUUGGGCUUUGUGCGUGGGCGCUCCAACUCCUGUCUGUACUACCAUCCUGAAAAGGAAAUUCGAGUGGAAGUUCACGGUGAUGAUUUCACCGGCCUUGGAGCCAAGGCUGAGCUUGAGUGGUUUGCUGCAGAACUGGGCAAACACUGGACGGUGGAAGUUCGUGGCUACCUCGGUCCGCCUGGUAUGGUUGGUACCCAGCAGUCCAUCGACAUCCUCAACCGUUUGGUGUCGUGGACCUCCAGGGGUAUAGAGCUUGAAGCAGACCCUCGACACGUCGACAUAAUCCUGAGGGAGGUUGGCUGUGAGGGCACCAAGGUUACUACGGCUUUGGUAAAGGAGAGGAUUGAGCAGGUCGAGGAGGCCGAGCCGUUAUCCUCUGAGGAUGCUUCGUGGUACCGCUCUGUGAGCAUGCGUUUGGCCUAUCUAUCGCAAGACCGGCCAGAUCUCCAGGUGCUUGCAAAGGAGCUUGCCAAAGGACUUAAAAGUCCCACCACGGCGCAUCUGAUGAUGCUCAAACGUGGGGCGCGCUAUCUUCGUAGCUACCCGCGUUUGGUACACCUGUUUCCCUACCAAGCGUGUGUCCCGAAACUUACGCUUUGGGUGGAUGCUGAUCACGCAGGGUGCCUGCGGUCCCGCAAAUCCACAACAGGCUAUUGCAUUAGACUUGGAGGCUCUACCAUCAAGACCGGAUGUAAGAGCCAAGCUGUCAUUGCUCUAAGCAGUGGUGAGGCAGAAUACUAUGGAUUGGUAUCUGGUUCAUGCAAUGCUCUUGGAGAGCAAUCCACUCUUAAGGACUGGGGAAUCCUUCUCCCCAUCCAAGCCUGGAUGGAUGAAAAUACCGGAUUAUCCAUCGGUUCUCGCCAUGGACUGGGACGUGUGAAACACAUUGAUACAGUAUUCCUUUGGGUGCAGGAUGUUGUUGCAUCAGGGAGAAUUCUGCUGGGCAAGAAGGGAACCGACGAGAUGUUGGCAGAUCUUCUUACGAAGCCUUUGGAAAGAACCCGAAUCCAGAUGCUUCUCAGCGGAAUGAACUAUCACUACACAGACGGUAGACAUCACUUGGCACUGAACGCCUGA